UCUUUUUCAUCCGGAAUAAUUUCCCCCAUCUCAGUAGAAAAGAGAUUCUGGGAGCUGCACAGUUUCUUUAUCUUUUUUUGUUUUCCCCUGAGAAAUAAAACAGACUGUUAUAGAAAGGAUUGGGUGGUGGUGGUGGGGGACCCAAGCCAAAUGGUCAUAGCACCAACCGGUCUUGCCUGGGAAAUCUAAACAAUCGUGGUCCAUUUGGAGGCUCCACAGGGGCCUCUGGCUGCUGGGUCCCAGGCCUGCCUGAGCCAAGACUAGAGGUGAUAGUACCUUCAGAUGGGACAGAGAUGCCUCUGAGGUUAAAAAUCUUCAGGAAUUUUCUGCCUUAGGCUGCUAUGAUCUUGGAGGGAAGGGUCCCAGAUGAACUUGCUUUUCAGUCCGGCUUGGGUCCAAGAUCUGCAAGUUCUUUCCAGGCUAGACUUUGCUUAGGUGGAAGGAUACGGAAGGAAGAGAGGUAGGAGGCCUCUCGGCCUCACUACGUGAAGGAGAACCUCAGGGAUGCUUUUAUUUUGGAGUCUAAUAGUGCCCUCUCCCUGGAAUUGUCCCAUCCUAGGGAGUUGGGAGGGGGCGGUAAGGAGAAAUUGUAGGAGAGACCAGGGGUGAAUGCGGGAGGCAGACAGAGGCAAUGGUCCAAGAAGCAGUGGUGUUCUGUUCCUAAGCGUUCCCCGAAGGAGUACAGUCUUGAUUUUGUAAAGGAAAAAAAAAAAAAAGGAAAUGAAAAUCGGUGCUUUCUUUUUCCCUUAAAAAUUAAAGUUGAAGUGAGAAACAUCCAUGUCAGGUUAGAUACUUGGUCUCAGCGUCUGCUGCAGAGAUACUGGCAAGGGGAGAAGAAAAAAAAACUAUUGAUGUCAGUUCCCUUUUUAGUUCCUAAGAUGGAUUCGAGGCCCGGUCCUCUUCUCCCCCUCUGUCUCUUCUCUCGCCCCGCAGGUCAGCCGCUUGGAACAGACCCGGGAGGAGGGGGGCAGAAAGGGGAGGGGGGUCCGGCGUGUCACGUGACCCCCAGGGGUGCCAAUGUCCGGUCGUGAGGGUAUCAGGCCCUUGCAAGUUGCCACCCACUGCCCGGGCCUCGCCCAGCGAUGCAGAAAGCCACCUACUACGACAACACCGCAGCUGCGCUCUUCGGAGGCUACUCCUCGUACCCUGGCAGCAAUGGUUUCGGCUACGACGGGCCUCCCCAGCCCCCCUUUCAGGCCGCCACGCACCUGGAGAGUGACUACCAGCGCUCAGCGUGUUCCCUGCAGUCCCUGGGCAAUGCCGCCCCACAUGCCAAGAGCAAGGAGCUCAACGGCAGCUGCAUGAGGCCAGGCCUGGCCCCAGAGCCCCUGCCCGCACCUCCGGGCUCACCCCCACCCAGCGCCGCACCUACCAGUACCACUAGCAACAGCAAUAACGGGGGCGGGCCCAGCAAAAGCGGGCCCCCCAAGUGCGGUGCCGGCUCCAACUCCACCCUCACCAAACAGAUAUUCCCCUGGAUGAAAGAGUCGAGGCAAACGUCCAAGCUGAAAAACAGCUCCCCCGGCACAGCAGAAGGUUGUGGUGGCGGCGGCGGCGGCAGCGGCGGCGGUGGUGGCGGCGGCGGCAGCAGCGGCGGGGGCGGCGGCGGCGGGGGAGGGGACAAGAGCCCCCCGGGGUCGGCGGCGUCCAAGCGGGCCCGGACGGCGUACACGAGCGCGCAGCUGGUUGAGCUGGAGAAGGAAUUCCACUUCAACCGCUACUUGUGCCGGCCGCGCCGCGUCGAGAUGGCCAAUCUGCUGAACCUCAGCGAGCGCCAGAUCAAGAUCUGGUUCCAGAACCGCCGCAUGAAGUACAAGAAAGACCAGAAGGCCAAGGGGCUGGCCUCGUCCUCCGGGGGUCCCUCUCCGGCCGGAAGCCCCCCGCAGCCCAUGCAGUCCACGGCCGGCUUCAUGAACGCCUUACACUCUAUGACCCCCAGCUACGACAGCCCGUCCCCACCAGCCUUUGGCAAAGGCCACCAGAAUGCCUACGCGCUGCCUUCCAACUACCAGCCCCCUCUCAAGGGUUGCGGCGCCCCACAGAAGUACCCCCCAACCCCGGCGGCGCCGGAGUAUGAGCCCCACGUCCUCCAAGCCAACGGGGGCGCCUACGGGACGCCCACCAUGCAGGGCAGUCCGGUGUACGUGGGCGGGGGUGGCUACGCGGAUCCGCUGCCGCCCCCUGCCGGCCCCUCCCUCUACGGCCUCAAUCACCUUUCCCACCACCCCUCGGGGAACCUGGACUACAACGGGGCGGCCUCUAUGGCCCCCAGCCAGCAUCACGGACCCUGUGACCCUCACCCCACGUACACAGACCUCUCCUCUCACCACGCACCGCCUCAGGGUAGAAUCCAAGAAGCGCCCAAACUGACACACCUGUGAUGUGAGGGGCGGGUUGGGGGGGGGGUGAGGUUAAGGGCCAGGGAGACGGUGGAACUGGGGGAUGGGCGCGGUUUGGAGUCCUGAAAGAGGUGUGUGCUGGGCUUGUCGCCAGGCUUCCAGAAACAGGACAGGCCUGGGGUGCCUUCCCGGCUCCCAGGCCCGAGGGGCUGUCUUUUAAGUCCUCCUUGCCUGGUUCCAUCUGCCUGCCAACACCCUUGGAAAGGAAUCCACAGCAGGUUGGCGACGGAGCACAUCAAUCCCAGGGGUCCCAGGGUUCCAGCACUACCAAGUUGGAAUUUCAGAUUGGAGAGGUGAAGUGGAGUCGGUUAGAGGGAAGGCAGGCAAGCAGGGCAGAGAAGCACAUUCAAAACUUAAUAGCUUGGUUAUCAUCAACUUACCUUGCAUCUCUGUGGGUAAUUCCCCCAAAUCUUGAUUUUUUUUUGUUCUCCCUUUCAGUCUCCUUAUGAAAAAUAAGAAAACAUUUAAAUCUAAGGGCACAAAGUAUGUUUCUUUCCUAUUUCCCUGAAGCUUCAACUUGCCCCCCACCCCCAUCUAUGUUAGGCUUCUUCCUAUGGCCAUCGUUUCUAGCCCUAUGGUUUUCUGCUCUAAGGACAUUCAUAUCUACACCCCCACCCCUAUUGAUUACAAUUUUCAGAGGGCUCAGGGAUGGUAAGAUAUCCUGAAAGUCAGAGCUGCCUAUAAUAUAAAUAAAUAUAUAUAUUUUUUCUUUUAAGGAAAAGUUAAGAGGCUAAGGCAGGCAAGUUGUCAGGACUGGAGGCUUGCCCGCUCUACAGCCUCUCAGCUCCCACCCCAUCCCACUCUCCACGGGAAGCUCUCCACUUUCCCUUUUCUUCUGUUAUUCUCUUGACUUAACGUGAAAACAGGGUAUAUUUGAACAAACUGUCUGUCCUAGGCAGGUGCUGCAGCUGGGCCUGUGUCCCUUGCUCCAGUUCCUGACAGGACUUUCUUGUUGCACUUGGAGUUUACAUUUUAAUGAAUAUUAAAAAAAAAAAAAGAAGAAGAAGAAGAAGAAGAAGAAAAAGAAGCAACUGUGAGAGAUGCCUGGGCCUGCAGAAGUCCAGCUUCGCUCAAAAAGCGUGUGUUCUAGUGAACAUUUCCAUAUAUAUAUUUAUUGGUUAUAGCCUGUUAAAAUAUUUUCUUUUUUUUUUGUAUUAUUUAUCCCCCUACAUUAUGUAUUUAUAUGAGGGAACAAAAAAGGAAAAAAUGUACUUUUUUAGUAUUUACUUGUUAUAAAGGAUGUUGUGUUUCCUGUCAUGUAAAACCAGCUAUUUUAGUUUUUACUGUAUUCUAGACAAGAGCUGUAGAUUUAUGUUAAACUCGUGCUUAUGAGCAAUUGUAAUUAGUUCUAAAAGGCAUGAACUCAGCUCCUAAAUGUCACUGUAUAGUCCUGAAUUUGUAGAGAUAAGAAGUUAAUUCUCUCUUGGAACUUUCUUUGUUCUUCCGUAGUUAUUUUUUCCCUUAGUUAAAACAGUUGUCUGUCAAAACAAUUCUUGAAUAAACUUUCUGUUAUCAAUUUUA